CAGGUCGUCCUCUCCCUCUCCCUUACACACACACAUACCCAGGCAGCAUCGUGCUCACACAGACUUAGCCUUAGACACCAUCGUGCACUACACACACAGCAGCAACCUUCCUUUUUCAGACCGCCUGGAUUGUACAAGGAGAUAACUGGGGACAUAGCAGAGAAGUGAUUCCUACACUGGGUGAGCAGAAACCAUUCAACACUGAGGAUAAAAACAUCAUCCCAGGCGUCAGGCUGAAGGCACUGCCAGCAGCUCUGCAGCAUCACAGUUAGCGGUCGGUCGCUUAGCUACGAGAGGAAGCAACAUGCGCUCCCGUAGCAGCAGCCUGGAGGACGUCACCAAGGUCAAGCUGGACAAAGAAGGACCCUCAGGGCGGCCAGAGCGCCGCAGUCGCCACCGGGAGCCGCCAGAUGACACCGGCACCGUCCAGCGGAACCACAACACCAACAAGAAUGGUGGCAGCGGCGCUACGAAGGCAAGAGACCUUUCGCGUGAUGACUUGGUCUUCCUGCUGAGCUUGCUGGAGGGAGAGCUGCAGGCAAGAGAUGAGGUGAUCACUGUGCUGAAGGCAGAAAAAAUCGAUUUGGCCCUUCUGGAAGCCAAAUACGGCUUUGUCACACCACCCAAAGUGCUGCAGGCUCUGCAACGGGAUGCCAUCCAGGGCAAAGCUGACGGUUUGCAGGAAGACAUCUAUGAAAGGCCCAUGGUGGAGCUAGACAAGCUGGUGGAGAAGCAGAGGGAGACGUACCGUCGCAUGCUGGAGCAGCUGCUGAUGGUGGAGCAGGCCCACAAACAGGCCCUGUAUAAAAUGGCGGACGAGAAGCGCAACCAUAGCGACUUUAUGAGGAAAAGCGACGAUUUCACCAACCUGCUGGAGCAGGAGCGUGAGAGGCUGAAGCUGUUAAUUAAUCAGGAAAAGGCCCAUCAAGAACGCAAGGACCAAGAGAACAACAAAAAGGUCACAAGUCUGAAAGAGGAGCUGACAAAGGUCAAGUCCUUUGCGUUGAUGGUGGUAGAUGAACAGCAGCGCCUCAAAGAGCAGCUUAGUCAACAGACGGCCAAGGUCCAACAGCUGAGCACCAACACUUCACAGGUUCAGGAGCAGCUGAGCUUGGCCAACACAAACCUGCAGGAAGAGGAGCAGAAGGUGUGUUGCCUGGAGGCAGAGCUGCGUGACUGCAUCAGUCGACACCAUCAGGAGCAGGAGGCCAUGAUGGCCAAGCUGACAAGUGAGGAUGCACAGAAUUGGCAGCUGCGUCAGAAGUUAUCAACUCUCAGUCGGCAGCUUGACGAACUGGAGGAUACCAACAAGACACUGCGUCGAGCAGAGGAGGAGCUGCAGGAACUCAGAGACAAAAUUAGCCGAGGUGAAUGUGGAAACUCCAGUUUCAUGUCAGAAUUGGAAGAGUUACGGAAAAGAGUGCUUGAAAUGGAGGGAAAGGAUGAGGAACUGAUUCGAAUGGAGGACCAUUGCCGAGACCUCAACAACAAACUGGAAAAAGAAGCAAGCCAAAGUUAUAGUUUGAAGGCUGAAGUUGAUAAACUGAAUCAGAGAAUUAUGGACUUGGAAAAACUAGAGGAUGCAUUUAGCGAGAGUAAACAGGAAUGCAACUCAUUAAAAAAUAACCUUGAGAGAGAAAAAACUGUGUCAAAGGCUCUCUCUGGUGAACUAGAAGCCUUGAAAGUUCAAGUUAAAGACUUGGAGUGUGCUGAGGGUCAUCUAGAAAAGACAGAGGUAACACUGAAGGAGGAUCUUGCCAAGUUAAAGACACUGACAGUCAUGUUGGUUGACGAGAGGAAGGCCAUGGCAGAGAAGCUCAAGCAGAUGGAAAACAAGGUACAAAACAGCACUGGCAAACUUCAAGCGGAACAGGAUAAGGUUACAUCAGUCACAGAAAAGCUCAUUGAAGAGAGUAAAAAAGCUUUAAGGUCAAAGGCUGAGCUAGAAGUGAAGAUGUGUGAUGCCAAGAGGGAGCGGGAUGACCUAAAGGCAAAACUAAGGGACGAGGAGGAGAAAAACAUCGAUUUGCAGUCAAAAAUCAAUAUGAUGAAAAAAAGGUUGCAAUCACUAGAGACUAUAGAAAGAGACUACCUUAGGAGCAAAGUCAAAGAGGAGCAUGUUAAAACACCCAUAGCCAACCGCUUCCAACAAGAGGACAACAAAGUCAAAGACUUGACCCAGGAGGUUGAGCGCCUCCGACAGAAACUCAAAGACAUGAGGGUUGUAGAAGGUGACCUGUUAAAAACAGAGGCGCUUGAAUCCUUGGAGAAGAGAUUUACAAACGAGCAAGAAAAAGCCAAGGCUUUGAUGAAGGAGCUGGAAAUAUCAAGAAAAGAACUUUCCACAUACCAGCUGGCUGAGAAGAAUGAGUCUAACCAAGAGCACGUUUUGUUCAAACGUCUGAAGGAAGAAGAGACGAGGUCAAGUCAUUUGGCACAGGAGGUUGUAGCUCUCAAAGAGAAGAUCCACGAAUACAUGGGACAAGAGGAUUCCCUAUGCUGCAUGAAGACGGACUACACCACUCUACGAAGGAAGCUGACCCAGCAGGAGGUCCGAAACAAAGAACUGGCCAGGGAAAUGGAGACACUUACUCGGGAGCUUGAACGAUAUCGAAGAUUUAGCAAAAGUUUGCGCCCUGGCAUGAAUGGUAGGCGCUUUUCUGAUUUGCACCUUUCCACCAAAGAGGUCCAGACUGAGCCUCAUGACCUCGUGACAGCGUUGCCAUUAGGGCAUGUCAUGCUUAAUGGGAAGCUGUGUGACCAGAGUGAAUCCAAAUGUGGCCCCUCCCUUGUAAAUAAUAUCAAUAAUCUCAAUAACAACAUGAGAAGAGUCCAAUGUGCUAAAUCCAAUGAGGGCCCUCGCCAGUUGAAUGGCAAGUUGCAACCACGGCCCAAUGCUAACCAUGGACAGGCUGGUGACGUGGUAUUAACACACAGUCCUGGCCAGCCGCUUCAGAUUAAAGUGACUCCUGAGCAUGGACACAACAUGGCAACACUUGAGAUCACCAGCCCUACCACGGAAAACACGCAAUCUUUUACCAGCACCGCCAUUAUACCCACAAGCGGAGGCAUGCCCAAACAGAGAAUUACUAUUAUCCAGAACACAGCCAUUUCCCCGACUGCGAAAUGCAGAGGUUCCCCGAUAACAGACAGGUCUUGCUCGCCAGACAGGAUACUCUCCCCUCUUACAAUGGCAACAUACUCCAGAGCCCUGACACCUGAUUCUUGUAGCUCUCUUACCCCUGAUAGACCCAUGUCCCCAAUCCAAAUUGUUUCCGUCACAACAGGCACCCCUGACCGGAAUGUCUCAGUUGACCCGGUGGAGGUUGCCGGAGGGCACGCCAUCUUCCGUGUGACCCCCGAGCAUCAGAACGGCUGGCAGGUGCAGAGGUCCAACAGCUCUGGGCCAAACGUUAUCACCACAGAGGAUAACAAAAUCCACAUUCACUUAGGGAGUCCCUUCAUUCAGAGUGUUAGCUCACCAGCACUGCAGGAGCAAAGGGUCACUAACGACAGCAUUGCAACACCCAAAAACAAGAGCAAAGUCACUAGUAGCAUCAUGAUUAAGCCCACCGCUACCCAAACCCAACGGCCAUCACAGAUUACAAUACCCCAAGAAUCAUUCAGACGCCCAGGGCCAACACGCAUACCAAAACCAAAGGGUUACGCUUCUGUAAAAGGGACAAGCGGCAACGGGGUGCUACAGAUCGGGAGCCAGUCAUUGCACACUCCUCUAAGUAGUGGCAAAGAUCAGCCUGUGCACACAUCUGCAGCACGCAGAACUACCACCACCACCACCACCAACAACCCAAAGCUUUCCAACCGUUGACUUUAAUCUAAUGUCAUGGCUUUAUAACAGAUGAAUGACAAUAUGUGAUUUGUAGGUCAUCCUGUAUUCGGCUUACAAUCUGAUGAUGACUGCAGAAAAAAAAAACUCAUACAGAAGCUGUUUUAGUUUAGUUCUCAUCAUGUCACCAUCACUGCAACCUAGGUGAAGAGAAAUAGGAAGGGCAAUUCCAAAAGCUGU